GUUUCUUCAGGCUCUCUUUUCGCAACAAAGGAUAGCGGGGAGAAGGGAAAGACCGAAAGACCAAAAGAUCUUCUCUCCUGGUUGCCGUUAAUGGCGGGGACCAAACAUAAAGGUCCCCCGUCGACUUCAGAGAGGGUUAACGGAAGGGUUUGGCUCUACCUGGUUCUACUUACCUUGCAAUAUGGAGCGCAGCCUUUGAUUUCAAAACGUUUCACUAGGCGUGAAGUUAUUGUGACUUCAUCAGUACUUGCAUGUGAGAUAGCAAAGGUUAUUUGUGCAUUGAUUCUCCUGGCAAAAGAAGGCAGUCUAAAGAGAAUAUGCAAAAAAUGGACAUUGACUGGUGCAUUAACUGCAUCAGGCCUUCCAGCAGCUAUUUAUGCAUUGCAGAAUAGUUUAUUGCAGAUUUCUUACAAAAACCUUGAUUCUCUGACAUUCUCAAUGCUCAACCAGACAAAGUUAUUCUUCACAGCAUUGUUUACAUAUCUCAUAUUGAGGCAAAAGCAAACAAUUCAACAAAUUGGGGCCCUUGUCUUAUUGAUAAUUGCUGCUAUUCUCUUAAGCAUUGGUGAGGGCUCUGGCAGAGGAUCUAGUGGCGGUAACCCUGAUCAAAUUUUGUUUCAUGGAAUUGUUCCUGUUUUGGUUGCUUCUGUUCUCUCAGGCCUGGCAUCUGCUCUCUGUCAAUGGGCUUCUCAGGUGAAGAAACAUACCUCCUAUUUAAUGACUGUGGAAAUGUCAAUAGUUGGAAGCUUGUGCUUGUUGGCAAGUACCUAUAAAUCACCAGAUGGAGAAGCCAUCAGAAAGCAUGGAUUCUUUUAUGGUUGGACUGCAUUAACACUGAUACCAAUCAUUUUCAAUGCUGUUGGUGGAAUACUAGUUGGACUUGUUACUGCCCGCGCUGGUGGUGUCCGAAAGGGGUUUGUGAUUGUUUCCGCACUGCUGGUAACAGCCCUGCUUCAAUUUAUUUUCGAUGGCAAACCACCUUCAUCAUACUGUCUUUUGGCCUUGCCGCUUGUGGUCAGCAGCAUUUUUAUCUAUCAGAAAUACCCAUACAGGGUAAAAAAGAAGGAAUCUUAAACCGUCAUUGUCACCCCCGCAAUAAAGGGAAGGAAUGUGCUUCCCAAAAUGUUAAAAGAGCUAGCUGUGGCUUACCGUGUAUUAAUUAUUCUGAUGAAUGGGGAUCAUGGAAUUUUGAAAUAUGCACUCCACAUGACAAACACAGGAAAUUGCUAUUUGUGUACUGUUGGCCUUUGUCAGGAAAUUUGCCUAGUAACAUGCUUGCUUUUAUGAAUU